AUGUCACGGAAAUUAUCGCCUGUCAGUCCAUUGGCACUCUACAAUUUAAUCUCUGCAGGCCUGUGGGGAUAUCUGCUGUACAAAGUCGUUGCGGUUUACCCAAAAAUGGGCCAGCCCGCCUUUUUCUACGAAACAAGAUCUGUUUUGAACGCCAUACAAUGUGGUGCCUUAAUUGAGAUCUUUAACUCGCUGUUAGGGAUAGUGCGUGCGCCUCUUUUGACUACCGUUGCUCAAGUUGCCUCCAGGUUGUUGUUAACCGUUGGUAUUUUCCAGUAUUUGCCUGAAUCGUACAAUGCACACAACUACACCUUUGUGGCUCUUUUGCUAGCAUGGUCAGUGACAGAAAUAGUGCGCUAUUCCUUCUACUAUUGCAACUUGACUAUAUCGGCCGGCGCCCCAAAGUUCCUGAUUCUCUUGCGCUAUAAUUUGUUCUGGAUUCUUUACCCAAUGGGAGUUGCCAGCGAGUUGUUGAUAAUUUACUCUGCUCUACCCGUGGCAGAGGCCAAAUACUCAGCACAUGCGAAGUUAGCUCUAAUUGUGGGCAUGCUGACGUACAUUCCAGGAUUUCCAAUGCUUUUCUCGCACAUGGUUGUGCAGAGAAAGAAAGUGAUGAAGUCGUUGUUCUCCAACUCGAAAAAACAGAACUAA